AUGAUGACAAAAUGUGAAAAGCUGACAAGCGUAAAGUGCACUCCGUCACUGUCUCGCGCUGUGGCAUCACUGACGUCUGCAUUUCCCUUUCCCCUUUCCUGUCCCCUCCAGUCCCCAUUGGAAGGCACCUCUGCUGUCUCAUCAUCUUUCAGUGCGAAGAAAUCUGACGACACCUACACGAUUCUCUACGCACCAGGCAUUCACGUUGCCAACUUAAAGCCGCUUGUCCAAAGUCCCGGUGUAACCUGA